AUGAAUGUAGACGUGUUUCUUCUAUUUCUUUUUUCUAAAGUGAAAUUUCCAAAGAACUGUCUGGAAGUGCAAAAGUGGAAAGGAUCUCAUAUUUUAGGAAUUUUCAAAAUAAAUCCUGUUGGGAAGGACGCCUUUGACGUAUACUGUGAUGGAGAGUGGGUAGUUAUUCAGAGGCGAAUGGACGGAUCUAUAAAUUUCAAUCGUGAUUGGGUAGCAUACAAAGACGGGUUUGGUAAUCUCUCUGGAGAAUUUUGGCUCGGGAACGAACACCUUCAUCUUCUUACCAAAACUCCUUCAAUCCUUCAUGUGGAGAUGGAGAGCUUCUCGGGGAAAAAAGCAUAUGCCUUGUACAACUUAUUCCAGAUCGGUUCAUCGGCGGAAAAGUAUCGGCUUAAAGUUGAUAAUUACUUAGGUACAGCCGGCGAUGCUCUGCAGUCCUUAAACGGGGCAGUCUUUUCUACAAUUUACACCGGUUUAGAUCCCAAACUACAGCAAAGUUGCGCGAACGUUUUAACCUCAGCCUGGUGGUAUCAAAAAUGCGAUACACUUGAAAAAACCUCCGUGGAUUUGAAUGGCGUCUAUCCGGCGCGUAUAUUGUGGUAUGAAUGGUCGCAAAGUAAUACUAUAAAAUCUGUGACCAUGAAAAUCAAACCUAAGCAAGAUGUUAUGUGCAGCGAAGAAUCAUGUUAUGCAUUGUCUCAAGUAUCCAAGAAAUGGCACGACUUCGUCAGAAGCUGUCCGAUGGGAACCACACCCGUUAAGAUUACCAGCCAAUACGAACAGGAUGUUGUGGCGGGAUUUUCUUCAAAUCCAUGGAUAGGCCUGUUUAGGCAAGGAAGCAAGUUUUAUUGGAGCGACGGAGAGGAAGCAACAGAAUAUUUCUUCUUCGACUCAGGGAAAGGCCUUUCGAGUCUACAUGACUGUUUCCAGCUGGGUGGUAAUGAGACACGUUGGAUGGCUAUAAACUGCAGUUCCGAAGAAUUCUUCAUAUGUGAAAAAGAGAACUCACUGACACUACUGGAGCUUAAUAUUGGUGAAUCAAGUUCCCUUGCCAGUGUUUCAUUGGUUUACGACCAAAGUGAAUAUUCCAUAAGACUGAAAUGGAAAAGCAACAAGACACGUUACCUACGCCUCAACAGAACAUCAUCGUUCAAUCAAUGGACCCGGUUAGCAUUUUCAAUCAAUCAAACGAGAGGUGUGCUGACAUACAGCGAAAACGGAGUUAUCGUCGCGGAGAUGUCAAUUGAGAGAGAGCCUGGGGAUAUCUCAUGGAGAAGUGUGAAAAUAGGACGGUCGCACAGCUUAGCGAAGACUCGAUUCUUAAAGUCCUUUGCCAUAAGGAAGCUUACGAUUGAGAGAUUUGAUGAUGACGCACUUCUAUUUUACAGUGUUCACGAGAACACAGAGAAUGAGUCUAGAGCAAUAUUUGGUGUUGAUGAAUGUAAAUACGAGAAACUUAACAUCGUGGAUCUUCGACACAGCAGUAAAGGAUGCCAAAUUGACAGUUAUCCCAGCGCGUGUAGUGACAAAAUUGUUUCGAAACAAACAUUGUCUUCAUUCAGAGGAAGAACGUCCAUGAGGAUGGGAACAUAUAAGCACUAUAGAAGUGCUUAUAUCAGUGAUAUGUACGGGUGCCUUCAUCUUCGGUGCCAAUCGCACCUUUCACACCUGCACGUGUUUGUCAAAGAUUCCACCGACAAUGAAAGGCUUAUUUUCGUGGGGUAUGUUGUGGGUCAUGAAUGGAUUUACUUCCAAGUAAGACUUGGAAGUUUUACAAGCGGUCCUUAUCAGAUACGAAUAUUCGUUAGAAUGAUUGGUUUGUGGCUGGACUUUGAAAAUUUGAUGUUAACGACUGGCAACUGUCAAUCACAAGCGCCAUUACAGGGAUUUGAAAACUCAUUUGUGCACGAAUUUCCAAGGGCUGCAGACUACAUGUACGAAUUUUCUCUAAAGCACUGGCACAGCUGGGCACCUUGUUACAAUGCAUCAGCUGACGGCUGGGAACCAGAAGUGUUUCACGCAAAGUGCGAUCAUAAACCUCUCACAGUUGUCUUAGCAAGAGCUAACUCAUGGUGGAUAUUCGGUGGCAUCAGCUCAAGUCCAUGGAAUGCUCUUUCCAACAUGUCGACGAUGAGUACUGGUUCAGUGCUGUUUACCCUGAGGAAUUCCCACGGUUCUGAUUCUCCUUACAGAAUUUCUUCCCCAAAGAAGGCCAUUAUCUACAAUAAUAUGAAUUACGGACCGACUUUCGAUGUCGAUCUUUUGCUCAUUGGAAAGAAUGGUACAAGCUCUCUCGGGAAAACUUACGAUGCGCCAGGAUACGUACGGGACAUGGGACCCAAGAACACGUAUUUGGCGGGAAGUUCUGAGUUUGUUUUGUCCGAACUUGAAGUUUAUUAUUCUGAGAGCCAUAUUUUCUCAAAAGUGGAGACAUGUUUCGCUGGAAAUGUUUUAUUGGCUGAGGGGGAUCAAAUAACUUGUCAUUUUGGAGGCUCAAAGUAUGUAAAGCAAGUCUACCUGGAAACCAACUGUGAUACCGGAAAGAAGGCAUCAUUUCAGAUUUCUUUCAACGAUCGUGCCAAGUCAGUAGUAUAUGUCCGAGAUGCGGCAUGUGGGAUAGUGUUUGAAAGACACAACAACAAAGGAUUAGCUAAUGGAGCCACGGAAAUGACUUUAACACCGCUCAUGUACCACAGUGAUAAAAAUGAAACUUCUGUUCAAGCAAUGGGAUGGAUCGGGGAAAGAGACAUUAUGGAACCUUUAUUUCAGUCCUUGAGCUUAUACUGGUCUAUGGAAAAUGUGACGCAAACAGCCAAUCUUACAAGAAACGGAACCAACCGCACUGACCUCAUUGACUCCAAUACUAAUGUUGUGUCACAACCUGUCAGGUCUUCUGAAGGAAAGUUGCACUUUGGGAUUAUUAAUGAAUCUUGUAUUAUAAACUUAAGACAAACGACAUGCCCUGAGGGUAUUACGAUGUCUUUUUGGCUGAGAUUAUUUAAGACCAGACCAACAGAACCUGUGAAGAUUUUGGGAUUCGGCCAGCCGCAUGAAAAUAAAAAUGGUUUUCUGGUUAUGGAAAGAGAAGAUGACCUUGUCAUUCGAAUGAUCACUUAUAAAUACCGUUGCGAAAUAGAGCUAGAUGUGGUCGAUGGUGCUUGGACACAUAUAACUUUCUCGUUUCGUAUUCCUCGUCUCCUGAAGGGUUACCGCAAUGGUGAACAAAAUGUAAGCAAUAAUGUAUGCGUUGUCGUGCCCAAUGCUAUCGAGUUUGAUCAGCCAUUAACAAGCGGAGCAGCCAAGGCUACUUUAGACGAAGUAAUGAUCUGGUUUCACCAGCUCCAGAGAGAUGAAAUCUUUGGCUUGGUUGUAAACAAUAUAGGAAAGCCAUCUCGGUUUUGGAUAAAUGUGGAAUUCAAGUUUCCAGGCAAGAAUUGGAGCGAAUUCAUUAAGUCAAAGUAUGCAGAGAAUCGAGACAUCGAGAAACAGGUGUGA